AUGGCGACCGUAGACUGGGAGAAGCACGUGGAUGAGGCAUCCGGCUCCACGUACUACUACAACACGCGCACGGGCGAGUCUUCAUGGGACGUCCCGUCCGACGUGUCCACUUUGCAGGAGCCAAUGGCAAGCGAGGAGCGCCCGUCGCCCAAGUGGCGCGAGUUUGUCGACGACGCGUCUGGAGCCACUUACUAUCACGACGAAGUGCACGGCGUCAGCCAAUGGGAUAAACCCGAAGCGGAUAUUACGUUGGAUAAUAAAAGCGAUAAAAUCGACAAAAAUCCGACCAAUUUGGCGACUCUGAAGAGCAUAGAAAAGCCGAAAAACGACGAGGACAAUUACGAUUUGAUCGUAUUAGACCCGGAGUUACCAGUGGAAAUUCAAGAUGAGGAUGUUGACUGCAACGAUACGGAAGAGGCAAAGCAGGUGCAGGAGGAGCACAGGGACGAGGAUCAAGGAGAAGACGGAGCAUCUGUAGUGUCCAGCGAUGGAUCUGCUGAAGGUACAGCUAGAGAAGCAGAGAAGGAGAAAGAAGACGGUCAAGGUCCUGCUGGACCAUGGGUGAAGUACGUGGAUGCUGCCAGUGGUAAGCCGUACUACUUGAACGCCAGUACGGGAACGACACAAUGGGAUCAGCCUGAGGGGGUUGAGGAGUCACAGCCAGCUGCGCGUCUGUCGUCGGAUCAUCCCGUGUCUGCUGAGUACCGGUCUCAUCUGAACCGGAUGCACACUGAACGCUUGGCCCGUGUGACCCAGCAAGUGCUGGAUCCAUCGGGUCAUCUCAGCAGACUGAAUAGCAUCUUGAGUAGCAUCGAUAGCAAAGCUUCUGCUGCUGUGAGUGGCAUGAACGAAGAGCCCGCAGAUGCUCCUCAGACAGCAAAAGCGGAAUGGCAACAGCAUGUUGACGCACAGACGCAGCGGUACUACUACCACAAUGUGGUCACGGGAGUUACACAGUGGACCAAGCCAGACGCACCGAUUGUCUCGGGGUUGGCGAGUUGGGUCCCACCUAAGCUUCCAGAUCCAGAGUCGACGGUUGCAGGUCAUAAGACCGUUUCUGGUGUAAAUUACGCAGCACGGGCAAAGUUCAAUCGACUUACAGGAAAGUACGAGCAGCUUGGAGGUGACGAAUACUGGCAAAAUGCGGGCAUUGCGGCUGAUCGUGCUGGGCGUCAGAUGAGCCACUUCUUUGAUAUGACCGAACUGGAGAAAAAUCGUGAAGAAGCACGGCGUAGAAAAGAGCAGUUGAAGCGCAAGAACAUUGACUGGAAGAAAAUAUCGGCAGAGAAGAAGGCCAAAAAGCAGAAGCAGAGGAACGAGUGGCUUUUCACUGAUUAA